UAGGUCAGGAAAAGCGAGUGGAGGACGCCAUGUGCUUUUGCAAGUGAACCACUGAAAGGCAUUUAUAGCGUUAGGUUGUUUUACGGGCACUGUUUACAGAAGUGUUUUGUACUAUAUAUUGUUUGUCAUGUACUGCACGAGAUACUGCGUCCGGGCCGCGCUGCGGAUAAAGGCGAACACCCACCGACACAAUCUACAGACGCCAACACUCUGUGCCCUGCGACCGCUCAAGACAAGUGCCGUCAGUCCGUGUGAUGCCAUUGCCACGCCUCCUCUUGAUGGAGCACCCAAGCAAUACUCGCCCAAAAUCCAACAGCUUGUCAAUGACAUUGCCAGGCUCACUCUCAUAGAAGUGUCAGAUCUCAACGAGUUACUUAAGAAAACAUUAAACAUUCAGGAUGUUGGAAUGAUGGCCAUGGGGGCAGUAUCAGCAGCACCUGCUGCUCAGGCGUCAGAGGAGGAGGCUGUACCUGCCAAAAAAGAGAAAACCCAUUUUACAGUGAAACUGACAGAACUGAAGGCAGAGGAUAAAGUGAAAUUGAUCAAAGAAGUCAAGAAUUGCAUCCAGGGACUGAACCUUGUACAAGCCAAGAAACUUGUGGAGUCACUACCUCAAGAGAUCCGUGCUAAUGUGUCUAAAGAAGAGGCAGAAAAGCUCAAAGCAGCACUUGAAACAGCAGGGGGCACUGUUGUGCUGGAGUGAAUACACACUGGCUUCUCACUUGAUCAGUUGUUAUCUGUCAGUCAUGAGUUUUUUAUACUACAAAGAUAAAAAAGGAAUUUGAAGAAAACAAAUAAUGCCUUUAAAAUUACCACUUGGUCAACUAGAGAUGGUUGGGUGGUUGAACUCUCAUACUGAACUCUCAACAGGCUUCCGGCCUACAAACACAAACCACCUGAUCAUUAACUUCUGUGCAUUUGUCUGUCAUGUACCUGAAAUCAUUUGGUUACUCACAUGAGCUGUCCUGAGCAGAAUAGACAGUACUGGUUUGUGUCCAGGAACCUGUGUCUCUCAGGAAAUUGUGAUUGCCCUGACAAAGGGACAUAAUUGCAGUUGCUUGUGGUUAAAUAAAUGUGUUAUGUAUUGUA